UACAUAAUGGCCCAUGAAAAAAUGUCACCCCUCCAAUGUCAAAGGUUGAAGGCCAUCUGAUACCAGUUCUUCUGUGGUAUUACCAAGCAGUGUCAACAUCUCCUUUAUCUUUGGACUGGAUAAGGAACUGUUCUGCACAGAGCCCUGGUAAUGUCAGGGAACAAACGCAAUUGAAAACGCAUUGAUUAAUAUCAGAAGCAACUUUGUAAUAUCAAAAGCGCGUCACUGUAAAUAUGGUGGACGUGGUUGUCUGGCCCCGCCUCACCUUAGAAAAGGUAGCUGGGGGUAUCCGCGGUGUGUGUGGGCAUCACUUUGGGUAAAUGUUGCCGGUCAUGCUUCGUUGAACUUGAUUCUACGGGUGUAGAAUUGGUUCUAGAGCUAAAUUUCGAGAGUGACCCCACAUUGUAAGGCCGGGUUUGGACAGUGCCAACCCGGAAACCCACGUAGGAAAGCAUGGCUACGAUGGAGGAGCUGCGGGCCGGCUCACGGAUACCGGUGACUGUUGAACAGAUACUGAAUGAUACAUUGGUGGUCACACUAACAUACGAAGAAAGAAGUUACACUGGAAUUUUACUUGAUAGUACAAAAAAGUCUGGGCUCUUCUGCUUACCUGACGUCACAGUGAAAUCUGACAAUCUGCCAUCAAGACGGGAACCUGAGGUGGCAAACAGUGUAUCAGAGUCAGACAGUAAACCACCACCUCUGCCUCCACCACCACCACCACUACCACUAACGGUGGAUGAAAAUGGCCAACCGAAACAGGAUGUCCCGAACCUUGCUCCAGUGCCCGUGCCUGCCGGCCAGGUCUCGUAUCCUUCUUAUUUUGAAGGCGCUCCUUUUCCUCAGCCGCUUUGGGUUCGCCACACUUACGGGCAGUGGAUACCCCAGCCUCCGCCUCGACCAAUAAAGCACAAAAGAAAGCGAACCAGAUUAUCGGGAGCUCUGUCGGUCAGCACAAUUCGUUUAAGGCCACGGCAAGUUCUCUGUGAAAAGUGCAAGAACACAUUAAACGACGAGAAGGAAACCGUUGUGUCAGAAACUCAAUCAUCAUCCAAGAAGGAAAACGCUCUUCAGGUCAGCAGCACUCCGGCAGAAUCUACCGUACUCGAUUCAAAAAAAGAAAAGGAAACCUUUAAAGAGGCAAAGAGGAAAGGUAACGUGCCUAGUUACAAUGGCAAAAGGCACAGAAAGGACAACAAAGAAGUGCCCCAUAGUCCUGUGAUCAAGAUCUCCUAUAGCACCCCCCAAGGAAAAGGGGAGGUCAUGAAAAUCCCCUCUAGAGUCCACGGCUCUGUGAAGCCAUUUUGCCCAAAGCAACUAUUACAAGAUAGACUCGAGGAUGAUGGUCAGCAUAAGGUGACAGUGAAAAACGUGCAGAAUGUGCAGCCAACCCUAACAGGCUUAACGGUGUCUAUUCCUAAACUGAAGCUCCCAAGGGUUCACCUUCAAGAGACCGGCCAAACACCACCAAAGAUCCUCUUGAGUUCACACUGUGUCGGUGUAGGUCAGGAAUUCGACUCUUUCAAGGUGGUGACGAACGACCACAAGGGUAGCGCUAAAGGAGCUGUGUCCAAGGAGUCAGGUUUGGAUAAUUCCAGAGAGAAAUGUUCGCUGGAUUUGUGGUCAGAGGACUCUUUUGAAGACACUGGGCCGCACGGUGACCUCACCUUGCUCAUUAACUUCCACAAGAGUAAGGCCGACUCCUCCGGGGCCUCUGUCUGUAGCGGUGACAGCUUGGACGAGUCCAAAUCAUUUGGCUCGAAUUGUACAUCGCCAGAGUUGUGCGACGUGGCCCCGGGAGAUCAUCACGCUGCUGUGUCUUCCUCUGUCUCAUUGGGCGAGAGCAAGACUGUGCCACCCCUCACUGUUCGCCUGCACACGCGCAGCAUGUCCAAGGUGCUGACAGAGGAUGGCCAUUCGGUGAGCGUCGGCGACGUGGUCUGGGGUAAGAUCCACGGUUUCCCCUGGUGGCCAGCCAAGGUGCUGAGCAUCAGGGGCAGCCACAAGAAGACGGCCACAUGCGAGACGUGGCCCGAGGCGGAGGUGUCUUGGUUCGGCUCGCCCACCACCUCUUUGUUGUCCGUUGCCAAACUUUCCCCCUUCUGCGAGUUCUUCCAAGCACGCUUCAAUCGGAAGAAGAAAGGGAUGUAUCGCAGAGCCAUCGUAGAGGCGGCAAAGGUCACAGGGCACGUAAGCCCUGAAAUCACAACCCUAAUCUCCCACUGUGAGACAUAGGUUCUCAAGACUGCUGAAGAGUACCUACUGAAGAGUUGGCUUUCCCAAUGUGUUGUGGUCACGUAAGAUGGUGUCCCUGUGAUUUCCAAAACAAAACCUAACCGGAAGCUCAAAUUGCUGAACCGGUUUUUGGAGCAAAAAAAGUUCAUUUUAGAUGCUCAAAAGGGGCAAAGACUGUUGAAGUUAACACAUAUAAAGUACCACAAAGACAGUAUAAUAACUGAAUGUAUUUAUUACCAGCAAAAAAAGAACAAUAAAAUCCAGUUAGAUAUC